AUGGUUCUCAUACUGAAUCACUUCAGAAACAAUAUUCGACUUCUGCAGCGACUACCUGUCAGCAAGAAACAAUGUCAAGAUUUCGGGGCCAUAUUGAGUAGCGAGCUUGUACGUCUCAACCACGUGGUUUUUCUAAGCCUUCUGGAGCAUGACCCAUUCCCAGGAAACAGAAUUCCUGCAUCCGGUGUCAGUGACACCGCUGCCAUCUUUAAUGCCGUUAUCAGUGGUAUUAUGAGGCAGACAUUGGGAGGGAAAUCUCUGUCGCGGGAUGUAGAAUUCUUUAGCCGCUGCUUACAGCUUUUAGAGGCGGGUUAUGUAAUUGGAAUGGAUGAAAUCGCUGCCCAAGACCUGGCUAAAAUUGAGAGGGCAAUUGACCAACUUGAAGGCACAAAUGAACGGUCCCGACUUACGAGUGGUAAGAAAAACGGAGUUGUUGCGAUCAUACGUGAUGACUCCUCUGCGAAAUCCGUUACUUUCAUUAAUGCUUAA